ACUAACAGUAGGUGCAUGAAAUCACAACCUUGGAACUCCUUGAACAUUGAACAUGUUAUCAUUACCAACGUCAAAUAUCAGCCUCCAUUUCCAUGUGUACUACCUAGGUUGUCGCGCAAUCUUCUUUUGCCUUUGAUUAAGCAGGCCACUUUUAAGGUUAUUAUCUCUUCUUUCUUGCAUAGUGUUGAGUCUAUAGUCACUUGAUAUUGCGAUCCGAUCACUCGCGAUUGUCGCUCGUCUCUCUCAACACCAUUUCGCAAGAUGAUGGGAGGUUGGUGGUCUUCCUCGGCCAACAGCGCCUUGGAUGAACAGAUUGAGAAAGCAACUGGGAGUAGUUUAGAGGAUAUUCCCCUCAACCUCGAAAUCUCCGAUGUUAUUAGAUCCAAGACUGUGCAGCCUAAGGAAGCCAUGCGAUCGCUGAAACGUCGCAUUGGCAACAAGAACCCAAACACCCAGCUAAGCGCAUUGAACUUGACGGAUACCUGUGUCAAGAAUGGUGGCUCCCACUUCCUGAUCGAGAUUGCCUCCCGAGAGUUCAUGGACAAUCUAGUUUCUCUUCUCCAUGCAGUUGGUCCCGCCGCCGUAAAUUUAGAAGUCCGAGCCAAGAUAUUAGAAUUGAUACAAUCCUGGGCCGCCGCUACCGAAGGACGGUAUGAUCUGAAAUAUAUCGAUGAUACAUAUCAGACGCUGCAGAGGGAAGGCUUCCAAUUCCCUCCGCGGACUACCGUAGCAAGCAGCAUGAUUGACAGUAGCGCCCCUCCCGAGUGGUCUGAUUCCGAUGUCUGUAUGCGAUGCCGCACCCCGUUUACCUUUACAAACCGCAAACAUCACUGUCGCAACUGCGGUAACUGCUUCGACCAACAAUGUUCUACCAAGACUCUCCCUUUGCCUCACCUAGGUAUCAUGCAGCCUGUACGAGUCGAUGACGGCUGUUAUGCCAAACUGACAGACAGAUCUAAUAAAGGCGGCUUCGGAAGACAAGAGCGUUCGCCUACGAGCCCAUCAUUUCCACACAAAAAUCGCAGCUCAUCUACUAUGCAGCCACGGAACGCCCGGGUCGACGAUGCUUUUGAUGAAGAUCUUAAGAAGGCCUUAGCUAUGAGCUUAGAGGAAGUACAAGGACACUCGAAGGGAUAUGUCCCCCCUACGAAUAACGCUCCUUCGGCAUCUCACCCGAAGACUAACGUGACUUCACCUGCGCCCGUAGGGGCACCCGAGGAAGAGGACGAAGAUCUCAAAGCCGCCAUCGCAGCUUCUCUAGCAGAUAUGGAGGAGCAGAAGCAAAAGCAUUCCGCGGCAUUGAAGCAACAAACAACAAGGACAGAGAACGCGCCGGCUACUUCAUUUGCGCUACCAAAGAAUGAUUAUGAACUUACCCCUGUGGAGGCCGAGAAUAUCAACCUCUUUUCAACACUAGUUGAUAGAUUGCAGACUCAGCCCCCUGGCACAAUCUUGAGAGAACCACAGAUCCAGGAGCUCUAUGACUCCAUCGGAGCUUUACGUCCUAAAUUAGCACGAACGUACGGCGAGACGAUGAGCAAACAUGAUACUCUUCUCGACCUACAUGCUAAACUAUCUACUGUUGUUCGAUAUUAUGACAGGAUGUUGGAGGAACGUCUAUCAAAAGCCUAUAACCAGCACAACAUCGGUGGCUACACCCUACCUACCCCUACGCAGCAGUCGGGCCCUUAUCCUUCAAUACAAUCAGCCGCAGCCAGAACUUCUACAUCGGCAGAAAACUUUUAUACCGGAGAGCAACUCCCAGAUCCUAGUAGGACACCCGUGCCUCAAUACCCUCAACAUGUCCAACAAGGCCCACAACAGCAAUUUGCAAGCUACGACAAACGAGCUUCGGUAUCAAUGCCUUCAAGCAACCAAUAUCCCCAUCAUGGUGUUCAGAGAAGCGAUAGUUGGCAGAAACAAGGACCUUCCGCACCAGUUCAGUAUCCCAAUCAAGUGAAUUUCACCCCGAAUGAUCCUCCACGAGCUAACCACGCAUCUCACCCGUCUCCCCAAACCCCUCUUAAUAAAGCGCCAGAACCGGCCGGAGUAUCAGCAGCUGACCCUAAUGCUUCUUACUAUUACAACAACUCGCAACCGAGUAACGACCACGCGACGCCGGGUAUUCCUGUAGAAGCGGCGCCUUCACCGUAUCCAAAUCUUCAACAUACAAUAAAUUAUGCAGGGCAGUCAGUCCCUCCGACGCCUGCGUCGGUCCCUACACAACCGUCUCAACCUCCACAGCAAUAUCAACAAGUAGGUCAUCAAACGCAACAGCCACUAUAUUGGCAACAGUCUCAGCAGCAACCACAUCAGCAACAAGAUCAGGCGGUUCACGGGUAUCAGCCAACUGGGAUUGGAUACUCUAGAUAUUCGCAAGAUGCAUUUCCUGCUGCCCCACAACAUGCGCCUCAACAACCUGUCAUAGAAGAGAGUUUAAUUGAUUUAUAAGGAGAAGGAUCAGGGCACAGUGGAAGGAAGUUUAAAGUAUGAGCACUAGGAGGUUUAUGGCAUUAUUGGCGAGAUCAUCUCAUAAGUAGUUGAAUGAAUAAAAAAUCGGCCAACUUGGACAGCAAAAUACCUACAAGAAAUUAUGUAUCGCAAUUAUAGUCUAAGUCAAUCAGUUUGCAGAAUGCCUACUAGGUAGGCACCUAGGUACCUAAAGC